AGUGAUAUCUGUUGAGAAUUUUGAUUCCAAAAAAAUGAUGAGACCAAUUACAAGGAAGAAGGUGUGCGUGAAUGAAAGAGUAAACAGAAACCAAGAAAAACCAGAUUUCAUAAGUACACUACCAGAUGACGUUCUAUCUUCCAUUAUCUCUUCUCUCUCCAUCGAUGAAGCUGCGAGAAGCAGCAUCCUUUCAAAGAGAUGGACACCUUUGUGGAAGCAUGCUUCACACCUUGACUUUGAUGGCACACGCAUGGUGAAACCAUCUCUUCAUGCGACAGAAAAAGCUUCCCGAGAAUAUGGUAAGCUUGUUGAUUCCAUAUUGCAUCAUCAUCUUGGUGAUUUGAGUAGCUGUCGAUUUAUUCAUUUCCCUAGCAAUCUUGCCUUUGGAGAUGUCACAGAAUGGAUGGACUAUGUGAUGGAGAAAAACAAAAGCCUGACUCAUUUGAGUCUAGAAUGCCGAAGUUCAAGUUGUGGUGGUAACACACAAUAUAUGAACCCUAAUUUUCAAUCUAAGAUAUUUUCGGUAUUGUCUUCAUUGGAGCUAACGAACUAUGUUCUACAGAGUUCAGUUUUAUCUGCCUUUGAAAGUUGUGAAAAUCUGAAGAUAUUGAAAUUGAAGAAGACGACAAUGAAGAAUGAAAUAAUCGACGCAAUUUUGAAAAAAUGUCCGGGUUUGGAGGAGUUUAGUCUUAUUGAUUCAAUGGGAUUAGAAACGCUCAAAAUCAAAAGCCCUUAUCUUAGGUUUUUGGAGCUCAAGAAGUUGAGGUUCGAUCAGAUAGAAGUUUACGCCGAGGACCUUCAAGUUGUUAUAAUUGAUUCAAUAUUUUGCCCAACAAAAUUUCUUAAAAUUUAUUCUCAAAAUCUUAGGAAUUUUUCUUCUUCGUAUGACCAAAAGGCACACAUGAGUCUGAAAACUCAUGAAAUUCUUGAAAAUUGCAGUGAUCUUCUUGAACCUCAAACGACCAACAUUUUUCAAUUUCUAAUGACUUUGUCAAUUCAAUUGAAUAUGAAUAAUUUGAGAGAAGUUUUGCCUCUUUCAUACAUACUAAGGUCAUGUAUCCAUCUUAAAACUCUUGAAAUUACUAUACCGAUAGUUGAAGCUUUUGAAGAUUGUGAACUACCGUAUCCUAAGUCGAUUUUUUGGGAGAGGCAACAGAUAUACAACUGUAUCAAUCACAAGUUAAAAUUUGUAACAGUGAGGGGAUUUACUGGCAAAGUGCAAGAAGUGAAGUUUUUGAAACAUUUAAUUACAAGAGCAUGUGUUAUGGAAAAGAUUAAUGUGAUUUGUGAUUCAAGAUUUGUUGAUGAGGCCAAUGAUCUAUUAUCACUACCAAGAGCUUCGCAUCAUCUGUCAAUCAUUGUGAAGUCUAAAACCUGAUUCAAUUUGGAAAGGUGUUUAUUAGCAAGAUGCUGAUGACUGAUUGUUGAGUCUUGGAUCUUGAGGAUGGAGUAUAAACUUAUAAGUUGAUGUUAUUUUAUUUCUUUUGAGGUGGUAUGUAUGUUGGUUUAUAUGGUUAUGGAUAUAAUCUUGCGACGAUGGGGUUAUGAUAUUUGUUGUAUUGUCUUUGAUUUAUUCAGCUUUUAAAAGAGAUACAUUAUGAUACUUUAUUUUGAAAACAUUUGUAUUAAAAUUUAUGGAUCCAGUUUAUUUAUGAAGUUAUGUAUCGUGAUUUUCUUAAUCUUGCGAAAAAUAAAAUAGUAGAGUUUAUGAAUGUGUUUAUUAAA